UCCAAACCCGGAGUGAAAGGAGAACCCGCGCGCUCUCACUUGUUUCGCGUGCUUCUUCAGUUUUGCCGCUUUGUUUCUCAGAAAUUGGCCUCUGAAUUCAAUCAGAAGAUGGAUACAUCAAAUCCUGCGGCCUUUGUCAACGCAGAACUGUUACACUUUUAUGUUGGAAGGAGGGUUCGGGCACUGAUACAGGUUGUGCGAUCUGAUGGUGGCGCUGUCGUUGGAAAAUCAACAGAUGAGAAGCAGCUGGUUGUAAAAGGAUCACCUCCACCUACUCCUCUUACAAAUUUUGUAGAAGUUAUUGGUAUUGUUGAUAGUGAUAAGUCAAUUCGUGCUGAGAUAUGGACCAAUUUUGGUGAUGCAAUUGAUAUGGUCAGCUACAAUAAGCUUUGCCAGCUUGCAAAUGGAGAAUUUAAACACUUGUUCCUAUGAGCUAUAACAAGAUCACUUGAUGAUGUAAAGUCCUUUCUAUCAUAUGGGAUACUGGAGGAGACAUAACCAUUUUUGUUGGCAAUAUUUUUUUAUGGUAUGAUGGUGACACUGUAAGGCUUGGUUGCUAUUGUAUGAUGGUGACAAUGAGAGUUGAAAUUACAUUCUGAUGCAAAU